AUGUAUAAAUUUUCAAGACGGGCCGCGAAGAACGUGAAAGGCACGACGCUCCAUUCUUUUGCCGGAAUCGGUCUUGGAAGUGGCUCUUGCUAUGAAUUGUUAAACAAAGUCGUAGCAAAUGCUGWAGCCAGCGAACGAUGGAAAACUUGCAAAACUCUCUUCAUCGACGAGGUGUCCAUGCUGGACGCCAUACUCUUCGAGAAGCUUGAAUUUGUGGCGAGGAAGGUGAGAAACGUAGAGGCGCCCUUUGGAGGCAUUCAACUAUUGUUGUUCGGAGACUUUUAUCAACUCCCGCCUGUACCCAACGAUGAGGAGAAGGACGCUUUAUACUGCUUCGAAUCUCCACUGUGGAAAGUGGUGAUCAAACACAACGUUGAACUGACAAUAGUUUUCCGACAAAAAGAGCCAGAAUAUUUACUUCUGUUGUCCGAGGUGCGUUCCGGACAAAUAACCUGGCAAACGCACUCUAUCCUCCAAAGAUUAAAAAGAACAAUAAACACAGAUGAUGAAAGCAUCUAUAUAUAUUCACGUCGCGACGAUGUCGCGAUAAAAAACGGUGAAUUGCUCGAGAACGUUAAUGGAGAAACGAAAGUUUACAUGUCGAAAGACACCGGAAAGAAGGAGCUGCUAAACAGCUGCCAAGCUCCAAAAAAAUUAAGUUUGAAGGUCGGAGCAAGAGUGAUACUGUUAAAGAAUAUGCACAGUUAUGGGCUGGUGAAUGGAGAGAGAGGCAAGGUGUUGGAGUUUGUUGGGAAGUUUCCGCUGGUUCAGUUUGAAGACGGACAGAAAGUCAUUAUGAAGGAAACCGUAUUCGAAGUGCUCCGCGAAGGGCAUGUCCAGGCCACCAGACGUCAACUACCUCUCGAUCUAGGCUGGUCUGUGACUGUGCAUAAGGCACAGGGCAUCACAGUGGAGAAAUCUGUGGUGAGUUUGAAGAGGAUCUUUGCUCCUGGUCAGGCCUACGUUGCCCUGUCAAGAUGCCGCACCAUGGCAGGGCUGCAGGUUAUACCUGGAGACGACAUUUAUUUUCCUCCUCCCCCUCACAAAGUAGUCGAUUUCUACAAUAAGAUGAAAACGAUGAAAACCUGUAUGGAGACGGAGAUAGAGACGCAAAUUGAAGAUCUGAGAGUCACCGAACCACAAACAACUCAACCCACAGAUCUUCCACCAUGCGACUGGGAUAAUAUAGCCCCCUUACCAACACAU